GGAAGCAAUUCCACCGAGAAGGUGCCAGGUUCGAUCCCUGGGUCGGUCAUUCCUUUUGCCUCCGGGUCAUCCAUAUUUACUUUUGCAGCUAUGGAUGGGAAUGCACUUUUGUCGGUCUGUUCUGGAUUUAAAAAAUGAUGUUUUUGUCUUGCGUUGCAGGGAAGGCGCCGAGCUUUGGCCAACUAGGAAAUCUCCAUCCUAAGAGGACGAGGAAGCUUGCCUGAGCAACGGAUGUAUCCAUCCAAACGCUCGAGAUGCACGCGUCUCUUUUCUACAAACGCCCGCCAGAGACAACAUUGCCUCCCUGAACCCUCUGGCUACUUUAUCCGAUAUUUCUACAGGCCUUCCGAAUCUGUGAAACAACCUACACCAUAAGCUUCACGACUAACCUUCGAUGCGAUGGCGAGUAAAGCCAAGUCCCGGUGGGCAGACGACGAGGGCGAUGCAGCACUCGAGUCGCGGCUGAAGAAGGAGAAGGAGGAGAAGAAACGUCUCAAGGCGGAGAAGGCACGCAAACUCGAGGCCGAGAAACAGGCGAGGGAAGCUGCCGCGGCCGCGGCGCAACAAGAAGGCGACGGCACCAAUGGACCCCCAGCGAAACGGCGAAAGAUAUCCCCAGAGCGCGAAACGACGCAAGCCACAGGGCAUUCCGACGAGAGCAAUGGCGCGCCGAAAUUACUGCGCUUCAAUGGCGGCGCGUUCGGCAAGUCUCGCAGCGUCGAGAACUACGACAAGCUCAACGACAUCGAGGAGGGAGCCUACGGCUGGGUGUCGCGGGCUAAGGAGAUUGCAACAGGGCAAGUGGUAGCGCUCAAGAGGCUAAAGAUAGACCCCAAAGACCGCGGGGGGCUGCCAGUCACGGGGCUGCGCGAGAUCCAAAUCCUGAAGGACUGCGACCACCGGAAUGUGGUCAAGCUACGGGAGGUGGUCGUGGGGGACGACACGAGCAGGAUCGAAAACAUCUUCCUCGUCCUCGAAUUUCUCGAACACGACCUCAAGUCGAUCCUCGAAGACAUGCCGGAACCCUUCCUCGCCUCCGAAGUCAAGACCCUCCUCCAGCAACUCGCCUCGGGCGUAGCCUACCUGCACGACAACUGGAUCCUGCACCGGGACCUCAAAACCUCCAACCUCCUCCUCAACAACCGCGGGCAGCUCAAGAUCGCCGACUUCGGCAUGGCGCGGUACGUGGGCGACCCGGCGCCCCAGCAGCUCACCCAACUCGUCGUAACCCUCUGGUACCGCGCCCCCGAACUCUUACUCGGAACAGCACGAUACGGGGCCGCCGUCGACAUGUGGAGCGUGGGGUGCAUCUUCGGGGAGCUGCUGACGCGGGAGCCGCUGCUCCAGGGGCGCAACGAGGUGGACGAGCUGAGCCGCAUCUUCGCGCUGUGCGGGACGCCGACCGACGAGACGUGGCCCGGGUUCCGGCGCCUGCCCAACGCGCGCGCGCUGCGGCUGCCGGCAGCAGCGGCGGCGGCGCCGGGUCGCGGGGGUGGUGGGUCCGCGGUGCGCGCCAAGUUCCCGCUGCUCACGGCCGCGGGCGUGGCGUUGCUGAAUGGCCUGCUGGCGCUAGACCCGGACAGGCGGCCGACGGCGAAGGAGAUGCUGGCGCAUGAGUAUUUCGGGCAGGACCCGAAGCCGAAGCAGGAGGCUAUGUUUCCGACCUUUCCGAGCAAGGCCGGGCAGGAGAAGAGGCGGCGGCGGGAGACGCCGAACGCGCCGGCGCGGGGCCAGCAGGCGGCGGAUUUUGGGGCGGUGGAUUUCAGCGGCAUCUUCUCGGGGAGGGAGAGGGAGGAGAGGGGAGGCGGGUUCUCGUUGCGGAUGGUGUAGCGCAUCAGCGAGAAACAGCGGUAGUCUUUGGCUCUUGUGACGUCUAGAUAAUCAGACCAGAGAGGAGGGGCAUACACACGAUUCGUUAAUGGAUGCUUCAUUAAGCUACCUGAUAAUAUAUAUGCAGUGUCGUGAGUAAG